AUGAGUAAUAAAAAUUUAAAAGAAGCGUACUGGAGCAAGGAUGGAGAACAUCUAUUUUGUCAGAAUAAUGAUGAAAAACUUGUCAAAUCCUGGAAGUCAAUUCAUCAAGGCCCAGUACCUUUGAUACGAUUUUUUGGUGAUGAUAUCAUGGUUUCUGGUGGAAGCGAUUCGAGUAUAAGAUUGUGGAAUUUACAGCAUCAUUCCUGUACUCACAAUUUAAAAGGAGUUCAAGGAGUUGUUAGUGUACUAGAAUGCCAUCCAGAUCCAGAAAGAAAAUUACUUUUUGCUGCUGGAGACGACACUAAAAUAUAUGGAUGGGAUAUUUCAACAGGACAAUUAAAAUCUGCAUUGGUUGGUCAUUUUAGUAAACUCGGGACGUGACAAGGUAUUAAUUCUUUGGGAUAUAGUAGAAGGAGUUUCAAUAAGAGUACUUCCUGUUUAUGAAGGAAUAGAAGGAGCUUUUAUCAUACCUUCUGGCGUGAAAUUACCUAUCGAUACUGAGGAAGAUCUAGAUAACAAAAACAUUUACGUGGCAAGCGCUGGUGAAAAGGGUGUCGUUAAAAUUUGGGAAAUGAAAUCAGGCCGUGAAGUCUAUUGCCAACAAAAUUCUCUGGUAUCUGCAGCUAAAGAAGACGGCGGUCUUUCUAUUACACAUUUAUUGCUCAACGAUCACCUGGAAUCUUUUGCAGUAGUUACAACGGAUCAUCACAUAAUUAUCCAUUCGUUAAAAAGUUUUGUUCCCACAAAACAAUUCGUAGGAUACAGCGAUGAAAUUCUUGACAUUGUGUAUCUAGGAGAAAAUGAUAGUCAUAUUGCAGUAGCUACUAACAGCUUUGAUAUUAAAUUGUAUGAACUGCUAACGAUGAAUUGUCAAUUAUUAUGUGGUCAUACUGAUUUAGUACUGGCACUUGCAACCACUCCAGCUAAUCAUUAUUUGAUGGUAUCAUCAGCGAAGGAUAACAGUGUACGUAUUUGGUACAUGUGCAGAGAAAGUAAUUUGAUGUUCUGCAUCGGUCAUAGCGAACGUCAUACCGCUUCAGUUGGCUCAGUUGCUCUUUCACAAUCAUCUGCUAGCUUUUUUGCUUCAGUAAGUCAGGAUACGUGUUUAAAAUUGUGGGCUCUUCCCAAAAAAAUGCUUCCAACAGAUAAAAAUAUUGAAUUGCAAGUCAAUCAUACUGUUAUUGGACAUCAAAAAGAUGUGAACUGCGUUGUUAUAUCGCCUAAUGAUAAAAUUAUAGCUACUGGGUCACAAGAUAAAACAGCUAAGUUAUGGAGUGCUGAUAAUUUACAACUGAUUGGAGUUCUUCGUGGUCACCGUCGAGGUGUUUGGUGUGUGAGAUUUUCACCCAUUGAUCAAGUACUUUUAACAACAUCCGCUGACUGUACUAUUAAAUUAUGGUCGAUUUCAGAGUUGAACUGUUUGAAGACUUUCGAAGGUCACGAAUGUUCGGUUUUGAGAGCUGAAUUUAUUACUCGUGGAAUGCAAUUAAUUACAUCUGGCGCCGAUGGAUUGUUAAAGUUAUGGAUUGUUAAAACUUCUGAGGCAAUAAGUACACUAGAAGCACAUGACAACAGAGUCUGGGCACUUGCUGUAAGCCACGAUGAAAAUCAAAUUAUAAGUGGAGGCAGUGAUUCACAAAUAGUUGUAUGGCGAGAUGUGACUGAAGAAAAUCGUGAAAAAGCAAAUGCAGAAAAAGAACAGCGAAUUCUUGAAGAGCAAAAAUUAGCAAAUCUCCUCAAAUCUGAUAAAUUGGUAGCAGCAUUAAAGCUAACAAUAAAAUUAGAAAAACCACUGCAAGCUUUGCGUAUUAUUGAAGGCAUAAUGAGAAACAAUGAUCAUGAAAGAUUGAAAGAUGCAAUAAGUGAAUUGAAGCCGCACUACAAAGAAUCUUUACUCAAGUUUGCUUCUAACUGGAAUACUAAUAGCCGUAACGCUCAAAUAGCUCAGGUGGUCAUUAACAUACUGAUAAAUGAUAUUGGGAGUGGCGGCAUAGAAUCUUCUCUAGCAUCAUACUUGGAAUCAUUCAUUCCGUAUACUAACAGACAUUUCCAAAGACUCACGCGCUUGUUUCAAGAUAUUCAUUUACUCAAUUACACAGUUAAUCGUAUAAAGCCACACAAUGAACCUAAAAAUCUCAAUGAAUUAAAUGAAUAA